AUGCCUCGCCUUUUGUCCGGGGCGCUCUUGGCCCGUCGCGAUCCUCGCCUGCUCAAGAUCCCGCCCUACCUGUCACUCCUGCUGAUCAUAGUCGGUGUCGCAUGGCUGUUCAUGCUCCCGCUCGACGACUACUCGCGCCGCACCUACAUCUCCGAGAACGCCCUGCUCCCCGGCCAGGUACAUACCUACUUUGGCGGCAGCGACCAGAAUGUCUUCCGCGCCUACAAGCACGAGAUCACCGCCCUCGAGAAUAGUACGAAUGCCGAGGCCAACGACAAGCUCGAGUCCAUCUUCAAGGGCUUAGGACUCAAGGUCGGUCGCCAGAACUACACCUACCACUCCUCCGGCAACACCUACGCCGGCGAGAAUAUCUACGCCAUUCUGCACGCACCCAGGGGCGAUGCUACCGAGGCCAUCGUGCUCGUGGCCGCCUGGAGAAAUGUCAAGGACGAGUUCAACCGCAACGGGUUGGCCCUGGCCCUGGCCUUGACGAGGUACUUCAAGCGUUGGUCUCUGUGGUCCAAGGACAUCAUUGUCGUCGUUCCGCCCGAGAGCCGAGCUGGCACCCAGGCCUGGGCUGACGCCUACCACGACGCCCACGACUCGGCCAAGGUUGCUUCGUUGCCCGUCAAGUCUGGAGCACUGCAAGGGGCCGUGGCCAUCGACUACCCCCAAGAAGGGCGUUUCGAAGGGGUACACGUAGUCUACGACGGUAUCAAUGGUCAGCUGCCCAACCUGGAUCUGAUAAACACCUUCGUGAACAUUGCCAGCGGGCAGAUGGGCAUGGGCUCGGCCAUCCAGGAGAUGUGGAAGCACACGGACAGGUACAACGACAGGCUGAAGACGAUGCUGCGCGGCAUGGUGAACCAGGGACUGGGCCAUGCUGCCGGGCCUCACAGCUCCUUCAUUCCAUACCACGUCGAUGCCAUCACUGUUCAGCCCAUUGGUAAUGGGUGGCAGGAUGAGAUGGCCCUCGGCCGUACCAUUGAGGGAACAUUUAGAAGCUUGAACAACCUACUGGAGCACCUCCACCAGAGCUUCUUCUUCUAUUUGCUUAUGCACAAGGAGAGAUUUGUCAGCAUCGGAACCUACUUGCCUUCUGCCAUGCUGGUUGCAGCCAACUUCACCAUCAUGGCUAUUCACUUGUGGAUCCAAAGUGGUCAGAGAAGCAAGGUCGCUACCGCUGGGGAGACAGACGGCAAGGACGGCAAGGACGGCAAGGACGGCAAGGACGGAGCUGACAGACAGGAGCAGGAGGCGCCGAGCACCGAUGCGGUCGAGAGAGACUUGUAUCUGCCUCUAGGACUCGUAGCUGGGUCUCAGUUCCUCGGCUUCAUACCACUAUUCGUCUUCAAUCACGCACCCGCCGGCAUCUUGACCGUACUCUUCUACGCAUUCACCGCGUUCUCACUUCUUAUCCCCCAUGUGAUCUCCCCCUUGUUGAUCAGCAACUUCAAGCCUACGGCUCAGCAGUACAAGCUCCUGUCUUCCUUCUCGCUACUCCUCUUGGGCAUGUUUCUCUCCGCUCUGGCCACCCUGAACUUUUCCCUCGCCUUCCUGGUCGGCCUGCUUGCCGUUCCGCUGUCCUUUGCCUACCCAGUGCGGAAUGUACUGCUGAAGUACGCCUACGCGCUGCUUCUAACCCUCCUGAGUCCGGGCACUGUUGUCAGCAUUGCUGCAGCAGCUAGUGGCGUGGGACUCGACGUUGUGCUGAGAGAAGCGGCGUUCGGAUGGACCGUAUGGGGCAUGUAUACGCCUUUGGUUGUAUGGUGCGUCUGGUGGCCUGCAUGGCUUGUGGGAGUCGUGGUUGUUUUAGGCCGUGUGCAGGAGGACAGGAACAAGGAGAAGAGCUCGUGA